AUGAAAAAAAAAACAUGUAAUGAAAAUGAAUUAACGCACUUACGUAGCGCCGUAGCGCGUAGCGUUGUAGCGGCGGGGAGACGCGCGUGCGUGCGUCAGUUUGUAGCCGGCGGCCGCCGCGUGUUGCCGCCCUCCGCAAGGGAUGCGUUGCGGCAUCCCCUUAUAUCACACUCCAUCAUCUUCAUACAACCGCGCGCCCCUGUGCCAGCGGAGGCAUGCUGGGCGCGCGGCUUAAGUCAUGGAUGGAAGCGCAGCUGGGGCGGGCGAAGAAGCGAAAGCAGAAACAAGCCCGCCCAGCACCGCCUGCUGCGACCACCGGCCCACUGCCCGCUCCGCACCUGUCUUCCCCUGAGAGCGCUUACAGCACCGGCUACUCCACCGACGGGACCUCCCCGGGGGCACCACCCGCUCCGCUUACCGCUCCGCUUGCCGCUCCGCUCGUUGCUCCGCCGCCACCGCCGGCCCCACCAACCACGCACCUUUAUCACGAACCCGCCAAGGCGCUCUAUUCCGGUGGUGCGUCGCUGCGCUCCGGAGCCCGUGGUAUGUUCCACCCCAUCGCCCAGGCCGCGCUGCCGCAUCCGUACCAACCCGUGGCUGGGCGCGACCUCGCCCGCCUCGCGUCGCAGAACUCCUCUGCUGACGCAACAGUCGCUGCAAAGCCCCCAGCCACAGCCCCAGCUGCUUCACGCGCCGUUUUCGCUCGACUCUCAAUCGAUAUAUGGAUCUAGAUCACCCCACUUAUCUCCGCACCUGUCACCGGAGCGUUACCUGUCGCCGUACUACCGUGGUGGGGUGUCCAGCGAUGAGGAGUGCCGUGACAUUAGGUCGCGAGGGAGGGAGACGGCGAUACUGUCCGACGCUGAUGUCGAUUCCGAUGGUGACACGGGCCUAGAUGGCGGCGACGAAGAUGAGACUGAUUGCAAUGUCACACCCGGUAGACGACGCGCCAGGAGACGCAGGCCCCCUCGCAGACCACCACGAUCAGCAGGAGCCACUCCACCCCGAUCGCGGCGCCGUAACCCGCCGCCGCCGGCGCCACCAGUGCGCGAGAGGGAUCCUCUCUUGGAAGCGGACAGGGAGGCAGAGAAGAAGUACCGAGAGCUUAUUCGGGAAGCGGAGAAGCUGCUGGUGACUGUUUCACGGGCCCCACUCGAGCCGCCGCACAAUCCGCGCGUCAGGGAGCUAAGGGCUACUGAGGCGGAUGGCCCGCGCCGCAGCCCGGAGCGCACCCAUGUGACCAACUUCAUCCGGGCGAUCUCGCCGGAAGCCGCGCGGCGUGCCUCCCCCGUGGCGCGUCGGUCCCCCCUCGCCGCGCCCCCGCCCCCUACCCCGUGCUCGCCCCUCCACCCCCUCUCCACCGACCGCCCCCACUCGGAGCCCCCCAAACGGAAAGCGUACGCCCGCGACGAGGUGUUGCAGACGCUGGAAGGGUUGCGCAAGAGUCUCCAACAACAGUCUGCGCUGCUAGCAGUGCAACGGACCCGGCUCGAUUCCCUU